AUACGCAGCUCAGACCUCGUGGUGGAUGCAGUCUUUCGCUUCUCUUAAGACCGCGCUAGAAGGAAAGCAAAACAAGACACAAAAAGCAAAAAAGAAAAGAGAGGGCUAGAAACAGAGAGAGAGAAUAAAAAAGGAGAAAGACAGCGAUGACAGGUGGUCUUCGAGUAAUACCGACACCCCCCGGCAAGCCCCUGACGAGGGCCAUGCUGGAGGACGUGAGAGAAGCCCUUGGCACGUCGCGUCUGGAGCCCACGGGGGAGAAAGGUCGUGGCUUCAUCAGCGAGGGAGAAGUUUACGUCACGGACACGGAGGACAAAGUCUUCAUCAAGAGGAAUUCCGACAAGGAGUCCCGAAACAUGUUCAAGGGAGAGUUCGAGAGCCUGAGGGCCCUGGCGAACACUGGAACCAUAAAAGCCCCGACGCCCCAUGCAGUUGUCAGUGGUCCUGGAGGCGAGUCGGCCAUCGUUAUGGAGUACGUGGAAAUGAGGCCAUUGAACCACAUGUCUCGGGAAUUGGGAGAGAGGCUGGCGAGGUUGCAUUUGCACAACACGAACGACCUGAAGUGGGAUUUGCAAGAGGGUUAUGUUGGGUCACACGAGCGGCGGGUCACGCGGUUCGGCUUCCCUGUCAACACUUACUGUGGAUACAUGUCGCUUCUGAAUGAUUGGUGUGAUGACUGGGAGGUAUUCUACGCCAGGCAACUUGACAACCAAUUCCGAAAAAUAACAAGAGUGUUUGGGAAUCGGGAAGCCAACGAACUGUGGUCAGAACUGCAACUCAAAAUUCCGUCAUUUUUCGCCAACGUGAAAAUCAAACCCUCCCUGCUUCACGGUGACCUCUACUAUGGCAACACAGCAGAGACGAUCAACGGACCAGUGAUGUUCGACCCUGGCUCCUUGUACGGACACCAUGAGUUCGACUGUGUGAUCUCCACGACGUUUGGGUCCUUCAGCAGUGAAGUCUGGGAGGAAUACUACACGCGCGUUCCAAGGGCCCCAGGCUGGCACCCCAGGCAGAAGCUGUACAAGCUCUUCCACCUCGCCAACCAGUGGAAUCACUUCGGAAGCGAAAGGGCCAGCGUGUGCCUGCGAGAGAUGAAGGAGCUGUGCCACUUGGGGGGAUCACGGUCAGAGCCAGCGCCAGCGGGUAUUGUUCAGCCAGUGCCACCUCCGUCAUCGUCAUAAAACGUCCCUUUCAAUAAAGUCCCCUUCAUUACCAUUGCUAAGAGUGUUUGUGCAAAGGUUGGGGUUUCAUUGAGUCUCUCGCUUGUAUUGUUGUCGGUUGAAUGGGACCUCGAGAUGCACGCGGGAAGGGCACCUGUUCUCGACGAGGAAUCGGGUGCUGGUUGAUAAUAAUAAUGAUGAUAGUGAAGAAGUGUUAUUGAUACUGAGGAAAUGUCAAAACGUUUGCUCGUCUGCUAAUAAUUAUAGGAAAGGUGUAUUUAGAAAAUGUUAAAACGUUUAUCUAUUUGUAUAAUACUGAUAGGAAAGGAGUAUUUUAAUGCUGAGGAAAUGUCAAAUCGUAUAGCCUGUUGAUGAUAGUGAUAGGAAAGAAGUAUUAUUGAUACUGAGGAAAUGUCAAAACGUUUGUUCAUUUGGUAAUGAUGAGAGGAAAGAUGUCUAUCGAUGUUAAACAAAUGUUGAACGUUUAUCUAUGUGGUAAUAAUGACACCAAGGAAAUUUUAGAACGGUUAUAUAUUUGAUACUAAUGAUAGAAAAAAAAUAUAUAUCAAAUAAUUAUUUAAGAGAUUAGCCAUCUAUCUAUUUGAUAAUAGUGAUACUAACGAAAUAUUAAGACUGACACAAACACAAACACAGUAACGUGUACACAA